AUGGCUGAGGCUGUUGGUCUUACAACAGUGUACCGCGGUAUCCCGUACGCGAUGCCGCCCGUGGGCUCGCUGCGCUUCAUGCCGCCCGUGUCGGGCGCGCUGUGGCAAGGGGUGCGCCUGGCCGAGCACUUCGCGCCCGUCUGCCCGCAGCGGCUGCCGGACAUCUCCAACGAGACGGCCGCCCGCGAGCGCAUGCCGCGCGGCAGACUGGACACGCUGCGCCGCCUGCUGCCCCACCUGCAGCACCAGGACGAAGACUGCCUCUACCUCAACGUGUACGCGCCCAGCCAAGUGGGGUCGACGACACGCAAGUCUCCGGUGAUUGUGUUCAUCCACGGGGAGUCGUACGAGUGGAACUCUGGCAACCCGUACGACGCGAGCGUGCUGGCCUCGUACGGUGGCGUAGUUGUCGUCACCGUCAACUACCGCCUUGGCAUCUUGGGUGAGUAUCUGUAA